AGGACAAUUUUGCUUUGUAGGAAACAAGGGCGACUUUUGACUUGGCACCAACCAGGCAAAGCCUUUUUCAAUGCGGGUGACUUGCAAGAACAUCAUUUUCUUCCCCCGUCUUCAUUGGACAGCCGAUUUCUGGAAUAAACACUCAGCCAGAUCCUCAGGUCCCCCCCAAGGAAAAGAAGACUGGGUUGUGUAUGGGUGAGGGUGGGAGAGCAGAGACAAGCGGGUGGAACGGUCUCCAAGCUCGGCACAGAAUCGGGAGGCUCGUGGAGAGAUGCUCCAAGCUCUUUCGGACCCCCAGACCAGCCAUUUUUAAGAGAGAUUAAGACCCCCCCUUUAGCAAAGUGGUUUUUUUCUUUCCCCCAGGAACCUGCCCACCAAAGUUUCAUUGAGUCAGAAGGUCUCAAAAGUUGGAUCCCCCCAAUCUUGUUUGCAGGAAUUCCAUUUUUCAAGCCACAACCAAUUUCUUGGUCCGCUCUCCCCACCCAACUCUCCAUUCGACGUUGGAAUUUGCAGCAGGAAAGAGCAAAGUGACAGAUCCGAUUUUUUGGGGGGGCCUUUUUGACAUCUUCCCAGUUUCCUAGCUUAUCAUGGCUUUCGGGGAGCUGCUAGAACAGGUUGGCGGGAUGGGGCGCUUCCAGUAUAUUCACACCCUGCUCCUCACCAUCCCGGUGCUAUUCAUGGCCAGCCACAAUCUUCUCCAGAACUUCACCGCUGCUAUUCCAGGACAUCACUGCCAGGUCCGCACCGCCCCCAACGGCAGCGAGUCCCCCAAUGUCACUCAUCGGCUAGGACCUGGCGACCUCCUCAGGGUCAGCAUCCCGACGGACAGCAAGCAGCGGCUGGAAAAAUGCAGACGCUUUACCGAGGCUCAGUGGUUCCUUCUCGACACGAACAUCACCUGGGGGAACCAGACCAACAUGGACACCGAGCCGUGCUCCGAUGGAUGGGUCUAUGACACGACUCAGUACACCUCCACCAUCAUCACUGAGUGGGACCUGGUGUGUGACCGGCGGAAACUCCGGGAGAUGGCGCAGUCGGUGUACAUGGCGGGGGUGCUGAUCGGCGCCCUAGUCCUGGGCGGGCUGGCUGAUAGAUUCGGCCGAAAAGCUCUGACGAUCUGGUCCUUUUUGCAAAUGGCCGUGACGGGGACGUGCACAGCAUUUUCGCCCAAUUAUGUCUCCUAUUGCAUCUUCCGCUUCUUGAACGGCAUGGCGCUUUCCGGAUUCGGCCUCAGUAUUGCCUGUUUGGUUGUGGAGUGGAUUCCCACCCAGUACCGGACGAUCACCAUCGCCAUCUCUGGGUUGUCAUAUACUCUGGGGCAAAUCCUUCUCGCUGGCUUGUCCUAUGCCAUCCGUGACUGGCGUUGGUUACAGGUGGCCGUGUCGGCUCCCUAUUUUCUCUUCCUCCUGUAUUCCUGGUGGUAUGCGGAAUCGGCUCGCUGGCUGAUCCAGUCUGGACAGGCCAAUAAGGCGGUUGGGGUUCUCCGGAGAGUGGCCCGGAUCAACAAAAAGCGGGAAGCCGGAGCAAGGAUCACCACGGAGGUUCUGCUCUCCAGUAUGGAAAAAGAACUUUCUUCGUGCAAAUCCACUUACACGAUUUCCGACUUGGUGCGCACCCCGACCAUCCGUCGCAUCUUCUGCUGCCUCUCCAUGGUGUGGUUCUCUGUCAGCUUCUCCUAUUACGGGCUGGUCAUGGACCUCCAGAAUUUUGGGGUCAGCAUCUACCUCAUCCAGGUGAUCUUCGGAGCUGUGGAUUUGCCAGCCAAACUGCUUGUCACAAUCUCCAUGAGCUACAUUGGGCGGAAGUUCAGCCUCGCAGCCUUCCUCAUUUCUGCCGGCAUCAUCAUCAUCACCAACUUAUUUGUGCCCUUGGAGAUGCAGACGGUACGGACAGCGCUGGCUGUCAUCGGGAAGGGAUGUCUCUCGGCGGCUUUCAACUGCGUCUUCCUCUUCACGACAGAACUGUACCCAACCCCUGUCAGACAGACGGGGCUCGGUUUCGGCAGCACGAUGGCCCGGGUAGGAGGAAUGGUCUCCCCACUGGCCAAAAUGUUGGAAGACUAUUACGCCUUCCUUCCUCCCAUCGUGUACGGAGCUAUUCCCAUCACGGCUGGAAUUAUUGCUUGCCUCCUCCCCGAGACUUUGAACGUCCCGUUGCCGGACACGAUCGAAGACGUCGAAAACAGAUCCAGAAAGAAGAAUAAGGAAGAAAUAGCCCAAGAAAAAAUUCUGCUUCAGAGGCAGGAAAAAGUUUUGUUCAGAGAGACUUGCUGACUUCAUCUACAAUUUGAUUCUGGAAAUAAAAUUCUCAGAGUUCAUUCUUGGAUCUGCAGUUAGCAAAGUUGGAACAUGGGACGUUUCUGGACGUUUUUCCAAGCACUUAAAAAAUAGACCCUUGUUUUGGUCAUUUUUCCCCCUUUUCUUGUAUUCUACUUGGGCCCUGGGUCAAGGAUGGGAGGUCUGUGAGCUCAGCCCGCCUGACGGGGAGGACGCAGUGCUGUGAUAAUAAAGAUGGAGAAUGCCUUCUGAA